AUGGUCCACAAGUUCCUGGAGAAGUUCUAUCCCCCUAGCGAGGCUAUUAAAAGACAACACGAGAUCAUUGGCUUCCAGAUGUCUCCUACGGAGACUAUAAAAGAUGCAUGGGGGAGAUUCAAGGCCCUGCUGAAGAGGUGCCCCAAUCAUGGCUUAACCCCAACAGUGCAAGUCAUUACAUUCUUCAAGGGAUGUAUACCUGAAGCACAACGGGAGCUAAAUCUCAGUGCGGGAGGUAAUCUGCUUAAGAAAGGAGAGCAGGAGGCGAUGGAGGUGAUUGAAGAACUUGCAUCCAGUGAUGAAGGAUGGAGCAACGGAAGGAGUAAGGUGCAUAGAGUUGCUUAUACCACGGACCAUGAUACAAUGAGCACUUUAUCCGACAAAUUGGAUGCAUUAACUAUGAAGUUCGACUGCAUGGCGAUGGGGCAACCGUCUCAAGAACCACAAGGAAACAUGGAAGAUGCGAACUAUGUGCAGCAAGGGGGCAACAGGUAUUACAACAAUUCACGCCCAAACUUUAAUAGUGGAGGAUACAACCACUAUGGGAACAAGGGGCAUCCCAAUCUCUCUUAUGGGAACCCCAAUAAUGCCUUGCAACCUCCCCCGGGAUUUACAAUUACUGAUGGGAUGGUCAACGAUCCUAAGAAGAUGACCACGGAGGACAUACUUAAGUCCUUUAUGCUACAAUCCAACAAGGUGAUGGAGCAGAACAAUCAGAGGAUGCAGAAGGUCGAGACGGAUGUACAAGGAAUGGCCACUCAUUUGAAGAACAUUGAUGUUCAGAUUAGCCAGAUUUCCCAGACUGUGAGUACUCUUACUCAACCGGGAAAAUUCCCGUCCAACACCAUUGUCAACCCCAAGGACUGCAAAGCUAUCAACUUGCGGAGUGGGACGAGCUAUGAGGGACCCUCAAUGCCCUCAGCGAAUGCAGGGAAAACAGCAGAGAAACCCAUUGAAGAGGAGGAGCUAGUCGAAGAAGAUGAACCGGAGACGGUUCAGGUCACUAUUCCACCUAAGGAGAACACAGUUCCAGCUCCGUCUACAACUCCUGCAGUUCACACUCCGGCUGAAGUGAGGAUCCCUUAUCCUCAACGGGUGCAGAAGAAGAAGACGGAUGCUCAGUUUUCAAGAUUCUUGGACAUAUUCAGAAAGGUGCAGAUCAACAUUCCUCUGGUGGAGGCACUACAGCAGAUGCCCAGCUACGCUAAGUUUCUAAAGGAUGUGGUCUCCAACAAGAGACGAUGGAUGGAAUAUGAGACGGUUAAUCUAACGGAGAGCUGCAGCGCCAUUAUUCAGAAGAAGCUGCCGGCAAAGUUGAAGGAUCCCGGGAGUUUUACCAUAUCUUGCAUAGUAGGAGAUUGUCAAGAGGGAAGAGCUCUAUGUGAUCUGGGUGCAAGCAUCAAUCUGAUGCCAUAUUCUUUCUUUCAGAAGUUGAAAAUCGGAGUGCUUAGGCCCACUACUAUUUCACUGCAGAUGGCGGACAGAACAGUGUCGUACCCGAAGGGGAUUGUUGAAGACAUCCUAGUCAAGGUCGGGGAAUUUAUUUUUCCAGCCGACUUUGUGGUUCUAGAUAUGGAAGAAGAUAAACACGUCCCACUUAUCCUCGGUAGACCUUUCUUAGCUACCGGGAGAGCACUUAUUGAUGUCCACAAGGGAGAACUCACUCUUCGACUGAAUGAAGAGAGCAUCACAUUCUCCAUUUAUGACGCUAUACUGAGGUAUGAUGAUGACGAUACGUGGAGGUUAAAGCAGUGCAAAGUGAUCGAGGUGGUUGAUGAUUGCGUGAGAGAAGUUGCCCAGGUUAUCUCGUGUCAGGACAGAUUGGAGCAAUGCCUUUCACAGGCCAUAAUAGCUUCGGACAUCCUGCAAGCGCCCGAGCUCAAUGAGGAGAUGCUUCAUUUUGUGGGAGCCCUUAAUUCUGGUGUAGAGAUCUCAAGAAGGAACAACAAAUUUCUACCACUUAGAGAUCCGGCGGAAGAAGAAGAGAAAGAAGAGAAGAAGGAGGAACUUAAACCGCUGCCCUCACACCUCAAGUAUGCUUUUCUAGGAGAGAAGGAGACGUAUCCGGUAAUUGUCUCUUCAUCACUUACUCCUACUGAACUCGAUAAGCUGCUACGCGUGCUUAGGAAGCAUAGGGUGGUCCAUAUCGGACCUCAAAGGAAUCAGCCCCACUGUUUGCAUGCACAGAAUUCUAUUGGAGGAAGGAUCUAA